AAAAUACAUUAUAUAUAGGAGCAUAUAGUGUUUUGUUCACAGCCUCGAGCUAUUUUGUGGCCAUGGCAACCACUGUUAUGUUCCGACUGCUCCUUGCUGUGUGCUGCAGUGUCGUCUGCUCGGCCUGGCUGUUCAAGAAAGGAGGCGGUAUUCAGUUGGCAGACUAUAGGAAUUGUUUCUGCAAGGCUGUCAACAACCUGAACUACGCCGACAUAAGGAGCGACUUCGGCUCCAUACAGCGGUGUCGAGGCUUCCCGAUUUGCGGCUGUCGCAGGUCGGCCAUGAUGACGUGUGGGACCCAGUGUGACAGGAAGGUGAAGGAGUGGGUGUGUCAUCACAACUGUGGGGGGAAUCCGGGCGUCAGUGGUGUCCAAGUGCGUGCCUACUUCACAGCUAGCACUUGUCAUUCCAAUACAGCGCAUACAGUAUAUCAGUGUGGUUCCCAAAUGAACUGUGCAUUUUGAGACUGGUGGUGGCGAAGUUUGAAAUAAAAUUAAUAUUUUAUA